CCACAAAACAACGACGUAGUGUUGUCUGGCUUAUCUGUAUGUGCUUGUCUAUUCCAAAGUCUACAACUGUCUUAACCAAACUAGUCUUCGCCGGCAAACUGAGAUCGUGAUCUUACAAUGUCAUGGUUUGCUCGAUCCAUUGCCAACUCUCUCAAACUCGACGAUGACGAUGAAAACGACAUCGUUCCAAGCGCCAAUCACAAUCACUCCACAGAGAAUCAACAAACAGAUGAUGAUCCGUCACGUGGCGUCAAGGAAGACUUCUCAGAGCUGACAAAAACCCUAACCCGUCAAUUUUGGGGAGUUGCCUCAUUUCUGGCCCCACCGCCCCAACCCGAACCCGACAAGCCUUUAAUGGAUCCCAAUUCAGGACCCGGUCGAGAUUCGGAUGACGAGGAAUCCGACCCGGAUGGGAUUGCGGGUUUUCGGAGCGAUAUUGCUGAAAUUGGGGGCAGAUUCAAAAGUGGGAUAUCUAAUUUUUCGAAGAAUAUUCCAGUGUCGGAAAUUACCAAAAUGGCCUCGAAUUUACUACAACUGGGACCGGAGGAAGGUGCAGUUGGUGUUACGGAGGAAGUAGUGGCUUUUGUGAGGGACAUUGCUAUGCAUCCUGAGACUUGGUUGGAUUUCCCUUUGCUCGAUGAAGACGACGAUGAAGUAGAUUUUGAUUUGUCUGAUGCACAACAAGAGCAUGCAUUAGCUGUCGAGCGUCUUGCUCCAAGACUGGCCGCUUUGAGGAUUGAGCUCUGCCCAGGUUACAUGAGUGAGGCUCGCUUUUGGGAAAUUUACUUUGUUCUUCUGCACCCUAGACUGGAUAAACAAGAUGCGGAACUUUUAUCCACACCCCAGGUAGUUAAAGCCAGGGCCUCAUUGGCGCAGGAGUUACAUAAGCGAACCAAGCCAGUAGAAGAAGAUUGCUCAAAGGAGGAGACUUUUGAAUCAACUGACAGGGAAGGCUCUCAACAUGAGGAGAUGCUUGCUGUCCCGUCCGCUGCUCUCUCUGCAGAUGUAGGUCAAGACAUGUCUAGUGUGGAAGUUGCCACUUCACCUACUGUUGCCGGCUCUGGUACCGACGUACACCCUGUCAUUAGUGAAAAUCAAACAGUUGAUAAACUUGUGGUUGAAGAAGGACCUAUUACCCAAAGCAAAGAUGAAAUAUUGCAUUCUGGAUCAGUGACUAAGUUAGAGGAGAGUGAUGAAGAGGAUGGUGAUGAUUGGUUAAAGGAAGAAGGCACAGAAAUUACAGGUACCAAUAAAACCAGCAUGUCCUUCGAGGAUGAUGAGGAUGUGUCCUUCAGUGAUCUUGAAGAGGAUGAUUCAGAUGUGCCUGUAAAAUCAAAGAAAGUAGUUUACAGUUCUGAUAAGGACUCGCAAGAUUGGGUCCAGUUGAGGAAAAGCUCCGCUGACUUGUCUAGAGAUACCAGUUCCGUCAACCAGAUUGGUUCUGUAAACAAAAAUGUGCAGAAUCCUGAUAGCAAAGAAUCAAAUGAUUGGCUGGAUAUUGAUGACAUUGAGGUGGCAUGAGCUUAUGAUGUAAGAUUUCUAUGAAGUUAUCGUUCCGCUUAUUUAUUGGUGUGAAUAGCUAUUCCCUAUCCUCCAGUCUGCUCUAAGAAUUCCUAAACUGUAUGUUUGUACAUAGAAUCCAUAAUGAAUAUUUGCUCCUAUUACUAUACUAAUGCAGUUUCAAUUACCUCCUUGUUAGGAGAUGUA